AUACCACAACAAUUCAGUUCGUGUUGUAUACAUGUUUGGUUCAUAAUCUUGUGACGUGAACUUUAAAUUUAUUAUGUAUGAAUCCAAUAAUAAAUUCAUGGAAUCAUAUUACUUAAAAAAUCCGUGUUAUACUAUAAGUAAAACCAGGGGUCAAAGUUUAAAGCAUGAGUGAAGGAAUAGUAUCAUAAUUUGUAGGUUACAACAGUAUGAAUUACAAAAAUAAAUGUAUGAAUCAUGUAAAUUCGUGAUGAAUUAUAAUUUAGUUCAUGGACGUAUGUCAUGAACGAAUACAUCAUCAUGUAUGAAUUGAAAAUGACAGUACUACAAUUUGUACUGAAUUGUAACCUAGAUCAUGCAACUCAUGACGACCAUAUGGAUCGACGACUCCAUAUGUAUCUUCAAGCAACAAGAAGAUUAAAGGAAUUUAAGCUUUUCUGCGUUUUUAUUCUAUAGAAUUUCAAUCUGCAAAAAAUUUCAUAGGAGCUUUAAAGAUAAUACACGCUUAGGUUAAGAUUUAGGAAAACAAGAUUUGGAUUGAUAUGGAAAGAAUAUGUCAGUAAAUAACCAUAUCCUAGUAAUCGUCUAAAUGAAGUUAAAAUUUACAUCAAUAUCCUCUUAUAUGUGGGACGUGUAUAUUUAGGUUAGGAUUUAGGAUGAAAUCUGGCCAUAAGAUUUCUAAGAAUCAAUGGAUGAGAUAUGUUCCUAUUUUAUACAAAAAAAACUAUUUUUAUUUUAGCCCAACUCUCUCUCUCUCUCUCUCUCUAUAUAUAUAUAUAUAUAUAUAUAUAUAUAUGUAUAUCAAGCUUAUUUUAAUUCGUGUCUGUUAAUAUUUAAUAUAGUAAUAUUAGCAUGGAGAUUCACAACAAGAUACGGAAAUGAAGGUAUCUAAUUAUGAGUUAUGGACUAAUGAACAAAGUGACUUGCUGUUAGAACUUAUGGUUGAUGCCGCAGCUCGGGGAUGGCGUGACAAUAGUGGUAUUUUAACAAAAAUAACGGUGGAAGAAAGAAUAUUUCCCACUCUUAACUCAAGACUUGGAUGUAAUAAGACUUACAACAAUUACCUAAGUCACCUGAAAUGGUUUAAAAAUCGUUGGUUAUCUUAUUCAAACCUAUUGCGAUUUAGCUCUGGUUUUGGAUAUGACUUUACUACCAAAACGUUUACAGCUCCAGAUGAAGUAUGGGAUGAGUAUCUACAGGUAAGCUUCUUAAACAUCAUAUUGAAUUAUAAAAUUAUUUUAUUUUGAGGAUAUAGUGAAACAAUAGAUUAAAAAAAUAAAUUUUUGCUAGGCUCAUCCAAAGGAUGCGAACUUGCGCCGUGUGGAAUAUCUUGAUUAUGAGGAUUUGGAAAUUGCUAUAGGAAAUAGUGUUGCUAUAGGGAAAAGCUCAAUUGGGUUGGGUGGUGAAACUGAUGCAAGGACAUUAGUAGAUGAUGACAAUAGAGAUGUGCGCAUAGAAGAUUUCACUUAUGAUGCUGAAAAUGAGAUGUUUGUAGGACUAUCUCAAAAUGAUCCAGCAUUUGGUUCCACACCCCAUUUAGGAUCCCCUGAAGUGUCUGAGGUCCCCAACCAAAGAAAAGUCAAGCCAAAAGAAGUAGAGCUCAGUAUAAAGCAAAUUCUUGCUCCACUGAAAAUAUACCUCAAAAUGGCGUUGUGGAAGAAAUUUAAAAACGAACAACCACUUUUCAAGGAGUUUAUAACAUACUAAAGAAAAGAGAAAGGGAGAGAGCUUAUACUACCUGGGAUUCUAUCAAGUAGAUCCCAAAUUUGGAUGAAGGCAUUCAUAUCAAGGCUUUUAACUUGCUUGACACCAAAUUAAAAAAAAAAAAGAUGGUUUACUGAAGAUGACUCCUGAAGAACGAGCUAAUUGGAUAUUUUACAAAAUGAGAGGAUGGUUUUUAUUUGAGUCAUGUAUUAGAUAUUAAAUACUUAAAUUUUUUAGGUGCAUCUUUUUGUGAUGUUGAGACUUAUGUGUGAAAUUUUAAUUGGAGGAUGAUUUUUGUUUAUCAUAUAUUUCAUUUAACUUUCUUCUGAGUGUUGUUAAUUUUCUCGAGGUGUUAACUGUUUCUAUUUAAUGAGCCAUUAGUCGUCCGUGAUACUACACGGUUAUGUUAAGUUCUAACAGUUCAUUAGUUUGCUUUCUACCCAAAUGUUCAUUGCACAACUCUUUAUCAAGCUAUAAGAAAAUGACUUAUUGAUAUUUAUAAUCAUAAACAGGGACAUAAACCUUGCUUGCAAGUCCUCAUUUAUAAUUACAUAUAAGAGUUCUGUAACCUUUGCUCCAAUUUAAGUGUUUAGAAGAUUAACACAUUUGGUUAAUUGUCUUAAAUUGUGUAGAGGACAUGUAUUCUGUUGUGAAAAUUUGAGUGGAUGAAAAUCUAGAUACUUACAUUUGAGCAACUAAAAAUGUCGAUGUUUCUUUCUUGCGUAUUUGUUUCGGUUCUGACUAUAAGCUGAGAGCAUUUUGGAACUCCAAAUUAAAUUGGGAAUAUUUAAUAUGGAGAAUUCAUUUGAUUUUAUAUGCAUCAUGAAAGUGCAUGAUAUAUUGUAAGAAGAAAUAGAAGAAGAUAUAGAGAUGGAACUAUAUGAAAAUGUGAAGUUCUUAAUGUCUGCGAUUGAAGCAAUGAUUUUUUUUAUUAGGAAAUAUUAUUGUGAUGCCUCGAAGUAUUGAACCUUCUCUGAAGCGACGGCCAAUUACUAGGAUUGAAUACAAUUUUGUACAUGAUAUGCUCAAAGGAGAUCCACAGAGUUUUCGAGAGUUGCAUAGAAUAUACUCGGACACGUUUCUAAAGUUAUGCACUAUCAGAGAAAACACUGUUGGAAGAUACAAGAUAUAUAUGUGUUGAGGAAAUGGUGGCAUUCUUGCUUAUUGUAGGACACAAUGAUCGAUUUUGUAAUGAUCGUCAAAGGUUUGGUCGUUCACAUUUUGCUAUUAGUCAAAACUUCAACAAAACCUUAAAGGCCUUGAACACUAUAGCACCGAAAAUGAUGGUUAAGUCGUCUACAGGAAUGCCAGCUAAUAUUCGGGAAAGUACAAGGUUUAACCCUUUCUUUAAGAAUUGCAUCUGAGCUAUUGAUGGAACUCAUAUUCCGACAAUGGUACAAGGUUGAGAUGUAAGCAGUUAUCGUAACCGUCAUGAUAUAUGUUUUGGCAGCUUGCAAUGGCCGCACAAUUUGAAAUGCGACAAUUAAAUAUUGAUCGGGCUCGGAAAAUAUUGGGGUCAGCAAUUGGUAUGGCUCCCAAAGACAAGAUCUUUAAGAAGUAUAUAGAGAUAGAGCUGCAACUUGGUAACCUAGAACGAUGUAGGAAACUUUACAAAAAAUACUUGGAGUGGUCUCCCAAGAACUAUUAUGCAUGGAGCAAGUAUGCCGAGUUGGAGAGAUCCUUGUCAGAAACUGAACGCGCCAGAGCUCUCCUUGAGCUUGCAAUUGACCAACCUACUCUAGAUAUGCCAGAGUUAUUAUGGAAGGCAUAUAUCGACUUUGAGAAACUAAAAAAGAGAAGGCACAUAGAAACUGAGGAUGCUCCAGCUGGGUAUGAGGAGUAUAUUGACUACCUAUUCCCACAAGAAACACAGACGAUAAAUCUUAAAUUUUUGGAAGCGGCAUACAAGUGGAAGAAGCAGAAGAUUGUUUCAUGCUACUACUUUUUACCAAAUGACAAAUAUAUUUCAUUUUAAUUUCAAAUUUUGAAUGUAAUACACACUAAAUAAAAACACAAAUGGUUGGAAAAUAGUGUUAUGCCUAAUGUUUUAAUACAUGA